AAAAUUCUCAAUCCAGAUUCGAGAUUGUCUUGAUUUAGCCGAGAUGAUCCAUCGGGUCUAGCCAAUGUACUUUUCGUUGAGGAAUGGAGAUGGUGAAUGAGCAGGGGGACGUAGCUGUGUCUCAGAAUCAAGACAUAGAUGUGACGACAUCAGGGAUCAGUGUGGUCCAUAUGAACAUUCCUAACCAACCUGUUCAGGUGACAGCAGUUGAUGAGGAUGGAGACAUUGGCGAACAUGAAAGACGACGCAGAGAGAUGCUAGCAAGAAGACCGUCAUACAGGAAAAUUUUGAAUGAGCUAUCGUCAGACUCUCCAGCAAGUAUCUCACUAAAACAGGUCCAGGAAGAAAGUGACAGCCAAGAUAGUCAAGAAGAAGCAGGACUGCAGACCGUACAAACAGUGACUAUCCCACCUGGUUCUAUACAGUUGGCUACAGGAACUGGUGACGCCCCAACCUCCAUGCAGACUCUUACAAUGACAAACUCCAGUACUUCUAGUGGUAUUGCGGGCAUUGCAGGGGGCACUACAGCUAUUGUACAAUACGCCAGUGGCCCUGAGGGGGGACAGUUUUUCAUACCAGCUGGCAGUGUACAGGCUUAUCAAAUAAACGCUAAUCCAUCUUUACAAGGAGGUGUUGUCAUGGCAACAGGUGGUUCGUUAUCAAGUGGCCAACAUGUUGGGGAGGAACAGUCAAGAAAACGGGAACUCAGACUUCUAAAAAAUAGUCAAGCAGCUCGUGAAUGUAGGCGCAAGAAAAAAGAAUACAUAAGAUGUUUAGAAAACAGAAUUGCUGUCUUAGACAAUCAAAAUAAAACACUUAUAGAGGAGUUAAAAUCCCUGAAAGAACUAUAUUGCCAGAAGGAAUAG